AUGUCUGAGAAGAUUGUCCUCCCGAGCAUCGCCGAGAUCGAAGCAUCAACUGAUCUCCUCAGCGACCCCAGCAGAUCCGUCAAGGUCGUCCGAGUAAGAGAGCGCUUCGCAGUCAAAGUGGGCACCUCCAUCGCGCCGCUAGAAGCCGAGAACAUGAAGGCAAAGGGAGUCGCCGCACUGCGCGAACCGAUCCAUCGCACACUCAGUGGACACAAAAAUGUCUUCACACACGCGGACCUCCAGCCGAAGAACGUGAUGGUUGAGCAGAAAGGAGUGUGUGAAGAUGGAAGUCCGGAUUAUCAGAUAACACUGCUUGACUGGGCUCUGGCUGGCUGGUAUCCCGAGUACUGGGACUAUUGCAACUCGACGGUCUACUGCCAGGGCAAACAUGAGUGGCUUGAACUGGUCCCGGAUAUCUUCGAUGAGUAUCCAGUGGAAUACCUCAUGAUGCGAAUCUUCUACACGUCAAUGUUUUACUAAGACAUGUGCAUUUCCAUUCAACAGAAACGCACGUCCUGAGCGCGUAGUAGUAAGCUGGGAAAAAGGGUUUGCGUUCCUGGGCUAGAAAGUAGCCCCAAGAGCAGGUUCUAGGGUACUGGAGACUGAAGUAUGAAGGUUUCAUGAUUGACGCGGUUCAGUUCGGAAAGCGCAAUUUAAAGAAUUAAUAGGAGAUCUAUUGAAGAUCAUGACUAUGCUGCGUUCUUGGUUCGCAAGGUCUUAGCCGCGAAUCAAUAGAAAGAUCAAGUGCUUCCUUUGCGUUCGAAAAGUCCCCCCUCCAGCAACCCAAUAUGACGUUCCCAC